UAUGGAGACGCUGACUUGAAAAGUGGACUAUAAAAAUUCCUUCGCCCUGUAGGGUAACAUCUUCGCUCGAAGUCGCAUUCCGGCGAACCGCCCCGAUCGGAGGAUUGGAGGAUUCUGGAGAACAGAUUGCAAUCAUCUCAUUCAGUCCGUCCUCGGUGUUUUGCCCGAUUGAGUGCCUCUUGGGGGAUAAAAAUAAAAAGAACUAGAAAAGGUUCCUCACAAUGGAUCCAGCUGAUGAAGUUCUUAGGAACAAAAUAUCAGCAUUUUUUCGAGCUAUGUAUGCAACAAGAUACAUCAGAGAGGAUAACAUUCCCUGCAAAAUUGAAGAGGGUCUGUUCCUGGGUUCUGUUGGAGCUGCAAAUAACAAAAAUGCUUUGAAAAGCUUGAAUAUCACUCACAUCUUAACUGUGGCCAGUUCAAUUGCGCCUGCGUAUCCAAAUGAUUUUACAUACAAAACUAUUAAAGUUUAUGACAGAGAAGACACAGAUUUGAUGCAGUACUUUGAAGAAUGUUUUAAUUUCAUUGAUGAAGCUAAACGCCUAGGUGGUGGUGUGUUGGUUCACUGCUUUGUGGGAAGGUCCAGAAGUGUGACCAUUGUCAUUGCUUAUUUAAUGAAAAAGCAUGGAAUGAACCUAUCUCAAGCUUUGGAAUAUGUGAAGAGCAGACGGCCACAAGCAGAUCCUAAUGCUGGUUUUAUUUCACAAUUACGAUGCUUUGAAAAAUCUUUUCGAGGUGGAGAAGAAACGACUAGGCAAUGAGCUGAGUAUAGGUAGUGUUAGUCCGGGAGGAAGGUUGCAAGCUAUUGAUUCCACUGGUUUGCAACACAAGUCCGACAGGAACACUCUUGUACAGAAUUGGUCAUGUUGAGUGUUACAAAAAAAUAAUGAAUGGGCUGUGAGGAGGUAGGCCUCGAACCAAUGAAUCAUAUUGCAGGCGAUCCUGUAGUUUUCAUAAUUCUGUGCAAUGGCUGUUGUGUGCAUAUAUAUAUUUAUUAUAUAUUUUAAAAAUAGUACUCGCGUGAUUCCGAUCACAAGUAGAUGUUAUUAUAAGUGUCAUGGGGGGGUAUUGAUGAAGCCUUACUGCUACACUACGCUUUGUUCCAAGUUAUUUUAUAUAGUCUAUACGAAGAUUGCCAUUUA